CCCCUUCUCAGCCCGCUCUCGUCGCGGGCUACACGACACGUAUUUUCCAAUAAAUAAGAGGAGGGGGCCGACCUAUCCUCACAGCCACGUCAGCAACGAGGGUGACGGGGUAGAUGUGGCCACGUGUGCGUGUAUUGCUUGGCCAGUGUAAGAUAGGCAGCAAUGUCGGCAAAGGAAAAUGAGAAUAUGGCGGGAGAUGACGUGGGCGCUGGGAAUGGCGGCACAAAGCGGAACCAUUCGCUGAAGACUUGUUUUGGAGAGAGACCAAAAGAGAGCGGAUACAUUAAUAAACCCAGAAGAGGCGUACACGAGUCGGCGACGGCCCGCCCAACUUGAGAGGAGGAUGUAGCCGCACACUGAGCGGUGGCGCACUGCUCUGCUCUAUUUAUGGUGAGAGAUAAGAGAGAGGUGGCGUUUUUGUUAAAAGGAACAAGACAGUAGAGGUUCGUUUCUGUUUGGAUGGGAUAGGUGAGAGACGAUUAGAGAGAGGGUAAACCCCAAUAGACAGGGCUAGGCGGUGUUGUUGGUAUUGGUGGUUCUUCUGGGGUUUAACAGGAGGUCGGUCAUUUAAAGACAAAAAGAUUGUUAUGGAUGAAGAAAACUCGUGCUCGGCUUCGGCUUCCGCUUCGGUUUGGAAAGAGUCGGAGUCUAUGAUGGAGCUGCAACAACAAAAACACAAGGGAAAGAAGCGAAGCAGUAGUCUUGGCAAAGAAGCUGUUAAAAACGAGAGCGAGAGGCGGCAAUACAGGGGAAUCAGGAUGAGGACGUGGGGUAAGUGGGUGGCCGAGAUUAGAGAACCCAAGAAGCGGUCCCGGAUAUGGCUCGGCUCCUACUCUACCCCCAUAGCAGCUGCGAUGGCCUAUGAUACUGCAGUCUUCUAUCUAAGAGGUCCUUCGGCUCAGCGCAAUUUCCCCGAAUUUGCGACCGAGGAGGACUGCCUGUCUGACAUGUCUGCAGACUCAAUAAGGAAGAAGGCCACAGAGGUGGGAGCGAGGGUGGACGCACUUCAGCAGAACAGAACCCAUAUCUCCCGUCGUCCCAAUCUCAACCAGGAGCCGCCUCCUGAGUCUGAGGAUUGGUUUGCAUCUUGCGCUUCUUCGAGUGAGCGCAGCCAGAGGUUGAGAAUUAAAGAAUUAAGAGAAGAUAUUUGAGUGGCGUGCGUUUGAUGAGGAAGACGCGUGCAGGUGACGUCAGUUGUAGGGCGGGCCACCGGCCGGGAGCAUCCGUACCCAUUACUUAGUCCCAGUGUAGACAGCCCUGCCAAGGCCUCGCACAAGCGCUCACUCAGCCAUUCGGACCAGACGGGCUUGGGCAACAUAAAAAUAAAAAUAAAGUACAGAAAAUAUAAUAAAAAGGAAAGCCUAUUGAACAGUAAAUAAGGAAAAAGUACAAAAAAAAACCCCUCAAAAUACACUAUUUAGGUAAUUUACCCUCAUCAAAACAUUUUCUCUCAAUUUUAUUUUCACAACAAACUUUCCAUCCGGGAAUCUCUUUUUUCCACGGAAAUGCUCUUCCCACAAAACAAUUAAUUUGGCGAGAUUUAAUGUCUCAUAAGUUCUACGGCCGAAAUCGCUUUUUGCCACUUCCGGAGUGUUACCCCUAGAGCGCCUUUGUUACUGUUGAAGUGUUACCCCGGAGCGUUCGUCUUACAAGUUUUGCUGUCGUAGUGCCUUUUGCAACUGUCGGAGCCCCUUUUGCAAUUGUCGGAGCGCUAUUGUCGGAGUGCCUUUUACUACUGUCCAAACGCUAUGUUCUACAAGUUCUACUAUCGGAGUGCUGUUUUUUACAUGUUUUACUGUCGGAGUGCCUUUUGCAACUGUCGGAGCACCCUUGUAACUGUCGGAGUGUCCUUUGCUACUGUCCGAAAGUUGUGUUCCACAAGUUCUAUUGCCAGAGCGUCUUUUGUAAUUGUCGGAGUGCUACUACUGGAACGCCCUUUGCAACUGUCGAAGCACUAUUGUUGGAGUGCCCUUUGCUACUAUCGCA